AUGAGCAGGACAUUGGCCACAAAAUCAAAACAAGAAAUCUUUUAUCUUACAAAGUCUCUAAUCCCCCCACUUCUUCCCAGUUUCUACAAAGGCCAACAGGGAAAGAUCCUUGUGUUUGGGGGUGAAUACAAUGGAGCAGUGUUCUUUUCAGCAGACAGUUCAGCAAAGACCGGAGCUGAUUUAGUUCAUGUUGUUUGCACUAAAGAUGUGGCACAGGUCAUCAAAUGCUACUCCCCAGACCUUAUGGUACAUCCGUACUUGAUUGAUGGAGAGACUGCCGAUGGCCAUGAUGAGGAUGAGCUUAUUGCGAAAUACGUGAUGCCGAAAGUUUCCACAUUAUUAGACAGAAUUGAUGUUGUUGCCAUGGGAUCAGGACUUGGAAGAAGUUCUAUGAACUUGAAAACCGCCGCGGAAGUGCUAAAGGAAAUCAAGAGGCGCAAUUUACCGGUGGUUUUGGAUGCAGACUCGUUGUUCUUGCUUGCACAGUCUCCAGAACUCAUCCAGGGAUACCAGAAUGCCAUCGUGACCCCAAAUCUUAUGGAAUUCAAAAGAUUAUUCGAUAAAUUGGAACCAGGAACAUUUGAAGCCCGCAAAGAUCCAAGAGAUCCGAGUAAUGCCAUCAGAUUAUCGAAGUUGCUUGGUGGAGUGACGGUGGUGCAGAAGGGAGCCAUGGAUAUCAUUGCUAGAGAAGACGAAUAUAUAGUUAAUGACUCAAUUGGCUCUAACAGAAGAUGUGGAGGCCAAGGAGAUACCUUAAGUGGGUCAAUGGCCACGUUCUUAGCCUGGGGUCAAAAAUAUAAGGCCAAAUUGUGGCCUCAUGAUGACGAAAUCGAUGAAAAAUGGGUUCCUUUACUUGCUGCUUAUGGUGCUUCUUCAGUUGUAAGAAAGGCUUCGUAUUUAGCUUUUCAAAACAAGAAGAGAUCAAUGCAGGCUACGGAUUUACAUAGUGAGCUCGCGAAUGCCUUUGAAGAGUUGUUUCCAACGGAAACGCAUCUAUAA